AGAGAGACCAGUGAGCCAAGAAGAUUAAAACUUACCACAAAAGAGCCAAAAGUCAAACACGUCAAAUUCUCAGAUACACUUCACAUUUUGCUUAUUUGAGUUUAUCUGUGUAGUUUAACCUAAUCUAGCUUUGGAUAGAUACAAAUCUUCAUAGUUGAUAGAUUUUACAACUCGCAUUCUUGAACUAUUUUUCAGGCACUGAGCAACGGCUCUUGAACAAAUUUCAAAGACUUUGAAGACAAUUUGUAAAUUUUCAUCUUUUUCUUGCUAAACUAAACAAUUAACAAAAAUGAGCAGUACACUAAUGCAAAACGAGUAUACAGACUCUUUUGAUUUUUACAACACUCGUUACGAGAACGGAAUCGCACCAUGGCAUCGUCCUGUUGUGAACUGGAACUUAAUGAAACACUAUUCCAAUUUAGCCCCCGAGGGAGAACCCCUGAAAAAAGUGCUGGUGCCCCUCUGUGGGAAAACGUGCGACAUCAAAUAUUUGGCCGACAAGGGUCAUGUCACUGUCGGAGUCGAGUUCUGCGAGCGGCCGUGUCGAGAAAUAUUCGAGCGUGAUCAAAUUGAUUACACCGAAAAAACCGUUCCUGAAAUAGAGGGAAAACUGUUUGAAAGCAAAGAUGGCAAAAUCAAAGUUUACUGCUGUGAUUUCUUCAAAUUUGGACCCGAAAUUGAAGGUCAAUUCGAAGCAGUUUGGGAAAGUGGGGCUCAGAUUGAGUUCGAUGACCGGAUGAAGUAUUAUGACCAGAUGAAGCUCCUCACCGCCCCUGGAUGUCGAUGGCUGACUGGACUCUACCAGUAUGACUUAUCGAUUUACAAUGGGAUUCCAUACAGUGUUCCGCAUGAACAACUGGUGAAUAAACUGGGAGACGAUUUCGAUAUUGUAUCGGUCGAAAAGAAAACAUUCAGCGUUGGUGAUGAAGAGGCAAGUCAUGGGAACGCCAAAAUGAUGAUCAAUUUUCUGAGGAUGCACAAUUUGAAAACCAUUGAUGAUCACGCUUAUGUGUUCAUCAAAAAAUAAAUAUAACAAAUCUUUCGCGCCAUUUUAUGUCUCUUGCAAGUUUGAUAAAUUAUUGGACAUGUAUUAAGAAUAACAAGUUUGUAAGAAA